UGCAGCAGACACAUGCAGGCUCCAGUCAGCCCUUCCCACUGCAGUGAGGACGUCCCUGGGAAGGGCCUGCAGCUGCUCGUGCUGUCAUCAUCACUAUGCCCGGACUGGAGAGGACAGAGCCAGCACAAGAGAGGGAUCGGGCUACUCCUUAUCACUCUACUCUCUAAUCAGGAUUAGCAACAAUGGGUGAAAUGUCAACCACAUCAUCAGGAAGUGAAACCCGUUUCUCUCUCAAAGCAAAAUGUAAAGCCUCACAACUCUUCAGUUUAUUGCUCUGGACGGCGCUCAGCCUUGCUAUGAUUAUCAUAGGGUCCAUGCAUGUUUACAACUGUCCAGUUGAGCCCAAAAUUCCAAUCUACUUGAUAGUAGCUGGCAUCUUUCAUCUGCUAGCAUUUGCCCUGAUCCCGCUGAAGUUGGUUGCUGAAAAAGUGGCAUAUGGUAUAGAGAGUGUGCUGGGCCUCUUUUCCUUUGCCUGGUUUAUUGCAGGUAGUGUCUGGGUUUUUCGAAUCUAUCAAGACAAUCCAAGACGCUGCAAUGAUUUAGCAUAUAAAUUUGCGUUUGGAAUCCUGAUCUUUGAGUAUAUCUUUCUGGCAUUCCUUGUUGCAGUCAUUUGUCUCUGUACAUGUUGUGCAGGACUCCUGGCGGCAGGUGGCGAUAUAGAAACUCCAGCCAGGAACCACUCUCCGGAAGAUGAAGAAGCUCUGAAGUAAAACAAGAAGGGAGGUUGCCAAGAACAUUUUUUUUUUAUUAUUCAUUUUAAGUUAUACACAUUCAUUCUAAAUGGUGAAAUACAUUUUGAAUAGGCAUAUUCAUCCAGCAGGCCAAAAAGAGUGUUAAGAAGUAGUUUUUUUCUCGAGAAUCUGAAGUUGCAUUGGAGGUGAAUACAGAAAUCAUCAAUACAAAGAAUAAAUGUUUUUUUUUUU